GGAGCCCGGCGCUCGCCUCCUGGAAGCCGCGGGUCGGCGCUCGCCCCCGAGGGCGCCCCGGCCUCCGCGCUCGAACAGAAACUGCUCUUCCAUUGAUUGGGCCCCGUUGGGCGAGGGGCCGGUGCGUGUGCCCCGAGCGAGCGCGUGCGGAAGGCAGAAGGGCAGGAAGUCGGACUUGGCAGCGAGGGUGGCGGCGCCGCGCAGGGGACGAGCCUUCCACAUUUAUGUGUCUGCCGGCCUUCGCCUUCUUCGCCCUAGGACUUCAGAAGCGUCUCCGAGCUGCGUUCCCCGCGUGGGAGGCACGGAAGGGCUGGAUGUCUGAACAACAUGAUUAUCCAUUAACCUCCAAACUUUCCUUCUUUUAACCCAAAGAAUAUCGGUGAUUUUUGUCCACUGCUAGCAGAAGAAGAGAGAACCCAGGGCUCUUGAAAUGCAGCAAAAUCCUUAUUUAUAAACAGGCCUGAGAUAGUGAUAUGCAAACCCCCUGUACUCAGUGAAUUUUCUAUCCUAUGGAUAUCGGUCUUGAGAUUUGAGAUUGGAGAGCAGUACUGUCUGCACUGGGUCUGGCAGCCUCCAUCCUUUCAAUGCCCAGUCUCCUCUGGGACUGCUGGCCUUCCCUGGAGAUCAGAGCGGUCCUGUGUGCCAUGGGCUGUAUUCAGAGCAUCGGGGGCAAAGCCAGAGUCUUCCGGGAAGGUAUCACGGUGAUUGAUGUGAAAGCCUCUAUCGACCCCAUCCCCACCAGCAUCGAUGAGUCCUCCAGCGUGGUGCUCCGCUACCGGACACCCCACUUCCGUGCCUCGGCCCAGGUGGUCAUGCCACCCAUCCCCAAGAAAGAGACCUGGAUCGUCGGCUGGAUUCAGGCCUGCAGCCAUAUGGAGUUCUACAACCAGUAUGGGGAGCAGGGCAUGUCCAGCUGGGAGCUCCCGGACCUCCAGGAGGGCAAGAUCGAGGCCAUCAGUGACUCAGACGGGGUGAACUACCCCUGGUAUGGCAACACCACAGAGACGUGCACUAUUGUGGGUCCCACCAAGAGAGACUCCAAGUUCAUCAUCAGCAUGAACGACAACUUCUAUCCCAGCGUCACGUGGGCCGUGCCCGUCAGUGAGAGCAAUGUGGCCAAGCUGACCAACAUCUACCGGGACCAGAGCUUCACCACGUGGCUGGUGGCCACCAACACCUCGACCAAUGACAUGAUCAUUUUGCAGACGCUGCACUGGCGGAUGCAGCUCAGCAUCGAGGUGAACCCCAACCGGCCCCUGGGCCAGCGCGCCAGGCUGCGGGAGCCCAUCGCCCAGGACCAGCCCAAAAUCCUGAGCAAGAACGAGCCGAUACCGCCCAGCGCCCUGGUCAAGCCCAAUGCCAAUGACGCUCAGGUCCUCAUGUGGCGGCCCAAGUAUGGGCAGCCGCUGGUGGUGAUCCCACCCAAGCACCGGUAACAGCCAGCGUGCCCUGCUAGGCUGGACUCAAAUAAUAACACUGCCCCAACAACACCCACAUGGACUCUUCAGUCAUUCAGCAAAAUACAACCACUCUACCUUCUUGAGCGGGCGGAUCUCACUGUGCAAAUGCCCCGGGAUGGCCUCCCCCAGCCCUCUUGGCGCCUGCUUCCUUUCGGGGAGGGGGAGGCCCGGCCGGGACACCCAACCCCACGUCCCCCCUUCACCUUGGGUCUCCUUUUCUGGCAAUUCCAGUCAUUCACUUGCAAGACUCCCCGAAACAACUGCUUUUUCAGUUCUUCUUCCUCUUUUUUUUUUUUAAACACCUCUUUAAGAGGUUCUGGGCGGGAGGAGGCGGGGCUGGUUAUGACCCUGACUGGCAGCUGCUACUGAUUUGUGAGUGGCGGCCCCCCAUGGCAGCUCCCCUCGUCCUCCCUCACGCGGCCUUACGUAGACUCGCUUUGCCAAACUUUUGCCUUAAGCUGAAUUUAAAGGAAAAAGCCCAAAACAGACAAAGAAAGCAGGAUCUCUUUUCUACCGGACUGUUCAUCUUCUGCUAGAGGUGAGGUGGGGGGGCAGGGCCAGGGAGGAGAGAGGGGCACCUGAGCCCUCUUCCCGGCUGUCUUGAGAGAGGGGCAGGGGGACAGAUUGAGACCUAAAACCAGCUGCUCAUUCUUUCGUUUCAGCAGAAACAAAACCAGAAACCAGACCGACCACCUAAAGAGCCCCUUCUCUCCCCCUUCCCCAUACCUGCGGAGAAGGUACCUAUGCGCUCCCACCGGGUGGAUCUGCUGGGGCCGGCCGCUCCUCUCCUCUCUCUUCUGGCAGCCUUACCUUGCCUGGGGCGGAUCUGGGAGGAGAGAGGGAGGGCUAAGCCCUGGGAUUCUCGCCAUCUCAGUCCUCAGCACCCAGCCACAGGUAGCUCCACAGGCAUAUCUCACUAUCGUGCGUCUUUCCCUUUUCUGUCCACACUGGCCCCAAAAGCCUGGAGGGCCAGCCACCUUGAGCCAGAUUUAGUUCCAAGGUAAGAGAGGCAGGCAACCUCCCUCCUGGCUCCUUCUCAGGAGAUGUCCCCCACCCCGCGCCAGGUGCUCUGGGAGAAGCUGCAGACGGCUCUGGGCGCCAGUGUUGGAGGUGGGAGGCAAGCUGCCAGGGGGGCACCCAAGGAUAGGCGGUCCUGGAUCUGGGGAGGCCGGGGAGGCCAUCAGCAGACGCCCUCUGCUGCUUAUCCUCAAGGAAGCAAACCAGGGCCUCUGGCUGGUGGGGGUGACAUGGGGCCAUGGUUGACAGGCAUUGGGGCCGCUCUGGAGGCUGGUCGGGCCAGUGUGGCCAGUGUGGAGGGCCACCAUCCCUCGGGUCCAGGGCCCUCCAGAGCCCGAGGAUGGUCCUGAGCGACCCCAAGCUUUCUUAGUAAUGUCUGCCUUGAAGGCUGCUUGCAGGAGCUAUGGGGGACACCCCACGGAAGCCCCCUUCCUCAAGCUUGCCAACCCCCACAGCUACUUCACCUGGCCCUGCAUUCAAACUAAUAAUACCCAAGCACAGAAAACCAUCAGAAAAGAAAAAUAAUUCAUUUCUGCUGCAGAUGAGCCACUUGUUAGGAGUCCCAGUGACAGC